AUGAAGCCCGAUACAAGUUCUAAGGACCACAUACAGUACCAUAAGGCCCGAUACAAGUUCUCAGGGCCACAGUACCAUAAGGCCCGAUACAAGUUCUCAGGACCACAGUACCAUAAGGCCCGAUACAAGUUCUCAGGGCCACAGUACCAUAAGGCCCGAUACAAGUUCUCAGGGCCACAGUACCAUAAGGCCCGAUACAAGUUCUCAGGACCAUACUUUAAACUCUCCUCCACCAAGGUCACGGGAAGCAGCCGACCCCUCCACCAAGGUCACGGGAAGCGGCCGACCCCUCCACCAAGGUCACGGGAGGCGGCCGACCCCUCCACCAAGGUCACGGGAGGCGGCCGACCCCUCCACCAAGGUCACGGGAGGCGGCCGACCCCUCCACCAAUGUCACGGGAGGCGGCCGACCCUCCACCAAGGUCACGGGAGGCGGCCGACCCCUCCACCAAGGUCACGGGAGGCGGCCGACCCCUCCACCAAGGUCACGGGAGGCGGCCGACCCCUCCACCAAGGUCACGGGAGGCGGCCGACCCCUCCACCAAGGUCACGGGAGGCGGCCGACCCCUCCACCAAGGUCACGGGAGGCGGCCGACCCCUCCACCAAGGUCACGGGAGGCGGCCGACCCCUCCACCAAGGUCACGGGAGGCGGCCGACCCCUCCACCAAGGUCACGGGAGCAGAGUAAUCUUUAAACUCUCCUCCACCAAGGUCACGGGAAGCAGCCGACCCCUCCACCAAGGUCACGGGAAGCGGCCGACCCCUCCACCAAGGUCACGGGAGGCGGCCGACCCCUCCACCAAGGUCACGGGAGGCGGCCGACCCCUCCACCAAGGUCACGGGAGGCGGCCGACCCCUCCACCAAUGUCACGGGAGGCGGCCGACCCUCCACCAAGGUCACGGGAGGCGGCCGACCCCUCCACCAAGGUCACGGGAGGCGGCCGACCCCUCCACCAAGGUCACGGGAGGCGGCCGACCCCUCCACCAAGGUCACGGGAGGCGGCCGACCCCUCCACCAAGGUCACGGGAGGCGGCCGACCCCUCCACCAAGGUCACGGGAGGCGGCCGACCCCUCCACCAAGGUCACGGGAGGCGGCCGACCCCUCCACCAAGGUCACGGGAGGCGGCCGACCCCUCCACCACCCCCGUCAGAUAAACUUUGGUCUCGCAGAGAACAAGAUCAACGUCGAAUAUCAUAAAUCUCACCCAGUAAACGCCCACUACCUCAACCACGUCCAGAUCCUCAGAGAUUCCCAAGUUAAAUUUUACCUCCUUAACUCCGAGGAGGAGGAUGAAAUAUGCAGGAAAUGCAACAACACUCGAGGUAACAAUUGUAGGACAAGCAGCAGAAGGAACACCCCAGCGGAACACAGCAGCAGAAGAAACACCCCAGCGGAACACAGCAGCAGAAGGAACACCCCAGCGGAACACAGCAGCAGAAGAAACACCCCAGCGGAACACAGCAGCAGAAGGAACACCCCAGCGGAACACAGCAGCAGAACACCCAGCGGAACACAGCAGCAGAAGAAACACCCCAGCGGAACACAGCAGCAGAAGGAACACCCCAGCGGAACACAGCAGCAGAAGAAACACCCCAGCGGAACACGGCAGCAGAAGGAACACCCCAGCGGAACACAGCAGCAGAAGGAACACCCCAGCGGAACACAGCAGCAGCAGAAGGAACACCCCAGCGGAACACAGCAGCAGAAGAACACCCCAGAACACCCCACAGCAGCAGAAGGAACACCCCAGCGGAACACAGCAGCAGGAGGAACACCCCAGCGGAACACAGUAGCAGCAGGAGGCGGAACACAGGCAGAAGAACACCCAGCGGAACACAGUAGCAGCAGAGUCCCAGAAAACACCCCAGGAACACAGCAGCAGCAGGAACACCCCAGCGGAACACAGCAGCAGAAGGAACACCCCAGCGGAACACAGCAGCAGAAGGAACACCCCAGCGGAACACAGCAGCAGAAGGAACACCCCAGCGGAACACAGCAGCAGAAGGAACACCCCAGCGGAACACACCCCAGCGGAACACAGCAGAAGGAACACCCCAAGGAACACAGCAGCAGAAGGAACACCCCGCACACAGAACAGGAACACAGCAGCAGAAGGAACACCCCAGCGGAACACAGCAGCAGAAGGAACACCCCAGGAACACAGCAGCAGAAGGAACACCCCAGCGGAACACAGCAGCAGAGGAACAGGAACGGCAGACACAGCAGCAGAAAGGAACACAGGAACACAGCAGCAGAAGGAACACCCCAGCGGAACACAGCAGCAGAAGGAACACUCAGCAGAACACAGUAG